AUGGCCUGCAGCAACUUCUCCUCCGUCCUGUCCAACUACCGUCGAGAACUCGGUAGUCUUCGCAUGUGGCUCGAAGAUUUCCAGGCAAUUAGAAAAGCGAAUGACAGCGAAGAGCAGGGGUUCCAAAAACUCACAGCUCUAGAGGUCGCCCAGUUCCAACUCGCCAUUGCAUUUGCUUCUUCUUCGCUGUUUUUCACAUACUUGAAAACGCAAGGCUACGACGUGAAGUCUCACCCUGUCUCUCAAGACUUGCUGCGGGUGCAGCAGUAUAUGCGAAAGGUUGCGGCCAUCGUCGAGCAAGGAGAUCCCCCUACGCGGUCAACCGUUGUCGACUCUGCCGCAGCAAAACGCGUGGUGGCUUUCCACACGCGGCCGCGGGCACGAGAUGCGGCAUGCUCAUCGUCCGCCGAGAGGAAUCCCGAGGGAGCAGCAUCUGAACCGGCAACUCAGCCACAUGCGUCGCAGAGAAAGAGACGACUUGACGCGGAUUUGCGGAAUUCUGAGGUGGAGGUGCCGCACAGCGGAGAAACGUCUGAAGCAGCAGUAGCGGACCAGCGAGCCGUCGCUGCAUCCGCAGACAGCGACGCAGCUCCUGAUGGCGAGAAAGAAGCUGGCUGCAGCUCCUCUGCAUCAACGACACCGGCUGGUCUUGCUGGAGACGCGGCACCGGAAAACGUACGAGAGGCGGGCGACACAGGAAGGGCCAAGAAGCGAAAGAUGGACACACCAAAAGGAAUCAACAAGAAAGGCUUGCGCGAGGGUCAGCGCACUCGGGAGAAGCUUCCUUGA